AUGGCUCCGUCUGCCACCCAGACCAUCUCCACCCAGGCCGAGGCUCCCGUCCUCAGGCUGCACUCGACGCAGGCUGGCACAGCAGACUACAAGCAGCUGCAACCGCACGGUUUCGACAGGGAGGCCGAGGAGGGAAAGAAAGAGGGUGUUGAGGGUGCCAAGUAUGCCAACUACUUGCCAACGUGGAACCCCGAACAGAGGUAUCCGCCCUUGACACCCUUCGAGCACACCGAGCACGGCAAGGACGCAGACACGUCCUUCAAGGAUCUCCUGGCCCCUGGGUCACAGGUGGUCGACCUCACCCCCACCAUCGGCUCCGAGGUUCGUGGCGUGCAGCUGAGCAAGCUUUCGGACGCGGGCAAGGACCAGCUGGCCAGGUACGUGGCAGAGCGCAAGGUGGUAGCCUUCCGUGCGCAGGAUUUUGCGGAUCUCCCCAUCAAGGAUGCGCUGGAGUGGGGCGGGUAUUUCGGACGGCACCAUAUCCACCCGACAUCAGGCUCGCCUGAAGGCCAUCCGGAGGUUCACCUUGUGCAUCGGUCCGCCGGUGACACCUCGGCCCAGGACUUCUUCACGACCAGGACAAGUUCUGUCGCCUGGCACUCGGAUGUGUCGUAUGAGGCCCAGCCCCCGGGAACCACAUUUCUGUAUGUCCUGAACAAGCCCGAGACGGGUGGCGACACCCUGUUCGUCGAUGCUGUUGAGGCAUACAACAGGCUCAGCCCGCUGUUCCAGGAGAGGCUGCAUGGCCUGAAGGCGGUGCACAGCGGCAUCGAACAGGUCAACGCUGCCAAGGCAAGGGGCAGCAUCGUCAGGCGAGAACCCGUCUAUAACUCCCACCCGAUUGUGCGGACCCAUCCCGCCACAGGCCAGAAGGCCAUCUAUGUGAACCCACAAUUCACUCGUGAAAUUGUGGGUAUGAAGAAGGAAGAAAGUGAUGUUCUGCUGAAGUUCUUGUAUGACCACCUGGCGUACGGGGCUGACUUCCAAGCCCGCGUCAAGUGGGAGGAGGGAACCGUCGUCGUUUGGGACAAUCGUGUCACCCAGCACUCAGCGCUGGUGGACUGGAAGGAUGGCCAAAGGAGGCACCUUGCGAGGAUUACACCUCAGGCGGAGCGCCCUUUCGAAACGCCUUUCAAGGCUUGA